AUGUCCGUGGGGGCUGAUACACCAUCAAGGGCACCCAUGGCCCGCCGGAGACGGAAGGAGGGCCGCCCCCGACGCCAGAGGACGACGUUCAGUUCGGAGCAGACCCUCCGGCUGGAGCUGGAGUACGCGCGCUCCGAGUACGUCUCCAGGGGCCGCCGCUUCGAGCUGGCCGAGGCGCUCGCGCUGUCCGAGACGCAGGUCAAGAUCUGGUUCCAGAACCGGCGCGCCAAGGACAAGCGUAUCGAGAAGGCGCAGCUCGACCAGCACUACAGGUGCAACCGGCGUGCCAAACACAUCGAGAAGGUGACGCUCGACCAGCCCAGCACGACAGGUGGGUGGCUCACCCUCCAGCAGUUCAGCUCCUCACUAACCUUCCAUUCCAUUCCAAACAUUGAUAUUGAGAGGCCGGCCAUGAUACGGUUCCAGAACCGGCGCGCCAAACACAAGUGUAUCGAGCGGGUGACGCUCGACCAGCACUACAGGUGGGUGGCUCACCCUCCAGCAGUUCAGCUCCUCACUAACCCUCCACUCCAUUCCGUUCCCAACGCUGGCAUUGUCUGA